GUUGGUUGGCUUGAUGGUAGUGAGGAGGCCAAGUUGAGAUCUCCAGCUGGCAGAGCAGCAUUGGCUUCCGUUUGUAGAAAAUUCGCCAGUGGCCAGCCAGUGUGCUUGUCAUCAUCGCCAUUGCCAUCGCCACUUGGGCACAGCGUCGACGGUGGAGGGACAGCCGUUUGGCUGCAAACCGGUUUCCAGAUUCGUUUUUCUAGAAAGCAAACAUGCUAGGAAGAGCUGUCUUGAGGCGAUCUGCGACUGUGUUCGGGACAGCAUGGCGUUAUGCUCAAGGUAGCGGCAGGAAUGCCUCUGCGAUUGCAAUGACCGCUGCCGUGGCUGGUGAGUCAUUCCCUGUUCUGCGGGCCGCCCAGAGGGUACCCUUUGCAUCAGCUUCUGUGUUGGCGAGGGGCUACUCGACGAGUUUGAACAUCCAUCGCAAUACUCCUGAGAAUAAUCCAAAGGUGGGCUUCGAGUUCACGGAGGCGAACAUGGAAAAGGUAAAGGAAAUACUUUCGCAUUACCCCUCCAACUACAAGCAGUCAGGUGUCAUCCCACUUCUGGACUUGGCUCAGCAGCAGCAUGGUGGUUGGUUGUCCAUCUCUGCCAUGAACAAGGUUGCAGACAUUCUUGGUGUGCCAUACAUUCGUGUCUAUGAAGUGGCAACCUUUUACUCCAUGUUCAAUCGGCAAAAGGUUGGAAAAUAUCAUAUCCAUGUGUGUGGGACAACACCAUGUAUGGUCAGAGGCUCACGAAGCAUUGAAUUGGCCAUUCUUGAACACCUUGGAGUAAAACGCAACGAGGUCACUCCAGAUGGCAUGUUCUCAGUUGGAGAGAUGGAGUGCAUGGGAUGCUGCGUCAAUGCGCCCAUGAUUGCUGUUGCUGACUACAGCAACGGUGUUGAGGGGUAUAGCUACAACUACUAUGAAGACUUGACACCGGAGAGUGCAGUUAAGAUCUUGGAAAUGCUGAAGCGUGGGGAGAAGCCCAAGGUUGGAACCCAAAACCCGAAGCGUGUUAAUGCAGAGCCAGAAGGUGGGAGGACCACACUAACGACGACUCCAAGUGGACCAUACUGUCGAGACCUGGAUGCUGCAACAGUAUAAGAGUGAUACAUGAGGGACAUUUUUCUCUUUCUCUUGUAGUGCUUGAAUUCCUUGCUUAAUACGUGUGUGUGUGUGUGGGUAUGGGUGUGUGCAUGUGAAUGCGUUUUGGUGUGUUUGUUUGUGUGUGUGUGUGUGUGUGUGUGUGUGUGUGUGUGUGCUGCUGGGAGUUUGUCUGCUGUGUUUGUAUACACGUAUUGCGUAUUUGCAUGGGUGCUGUAGGCAACUGCUCACUCGCUGGACAUCACGGACAGUAUUAUUCGUUUUUUUGCAAAGAAAUUGGCUGGAGGCUAGUAGAUAUGUUUUUCAUCAGCUCCGUGAUUCAGUUCUUAUAGGCGUCAUUAGUUGACGGUGUGGGCUGUAUAUGUAUUGUGCUGUCAGGACUGUCCAAGGAGGGCUCUGUGUUGUUCCCUGAACUCACAUUUAUUCUUUCAGUAUUGAUUGCUUAUCAGGAUUCGGGAGUGUUGUUGUGGCCUUCCCUUUUAUAUUCAGCUGUUGAGC